UACGAAAUCAAGCGAUGAUCUAUAGGAAUUAGUCAUUACACCGCCAACAGUGACAAGUGAUUCUCAAUAAUUCUAUAUAUACCAGGGCACAAAUAAGAAUCGCCGAAUCAUUUUAUUGGGCAUGUCCAAGAGAAAGGCCGAAGAUACCGAAGUUGACAAAAUGGCAACAGCGGAAAAGGUGCCACAGAAUGAUUACACUAUUGGCCUGGUGGAUCCUGUAAAGGAUUACCAAAAGCUCAUCGAAACGCGGGUGCAGGUUGACGAAAUCGUGGACGAUGAUGUCACCAAGGAGAAUUUCGAUCGGACGGCUGCAGCGGCGCGUGACGUCAUUUGGCGGCUGUUAUUCGACGAGACCGCUACCUCGCAAUCAAAUGUGGAGAAGGCCAGCCAAUUACUGGAGGAAUAUCGUGGCGAUGCCUGCUUCUACGACCCAACGCCCUACAAUGAAUGGAUUGUAAAGCUUAGGGAUGAGGUCCUUAAACGUGAACUCCUGGAUUUUUGGCGCGAAACUCUGGUGAAGAAGCAAUUGGGACCUUGUUGGUCACGCGAUUGUGAUCUCUUUGAUAGCGAUGACACGCCCCCACUGGAGUUCUACGCCCAUGCCGGUUGUACGGCUCCCUUUGCAGCUAGCCUCAAAGUGCGGGCUGCCCUGGAAGAGGAACAGGGUGAUCCCGCGGUGCCCAGCACUCCGGGUGAAUUAAGUGCCGACGAUAGCGCCGCUCUGUCCGGCGAAUUCGAAGCCGUGUUGACCAAGGAAAAUCCUCUGGAGGAAUACCGCACCCUGAUGAAGCGCUUCGUCCUGACCAAAAUCAUUGUUCCGGACAAUGUUCACCAGGAGAGCAUAAGGAAGAUGGCAUCCGCCGCCAGGGAGAUUAUCUGGAAGCUGCUGUUCGAUGGCACACCUUCGGCGGAGGAUCAGGACAAGGCCGCUGAGCUGCUGCGCGAAUACAAGGGCGAUGCUGGCUUUUAUGGACCACAGGACUACAACGAAUGGAUUGUCCAACUAAGGGACGAAGUGCUUAAGAAGGAGCUACUCGAGUUUUGGCGCGAGAAGAUGGUGAAGCUGGAACUGGGUCCCAGUUGUGCUCGUGAUUCCGACUACUACGACAAUGAGGAUCCCCUGCCACUGGACUUUUACGAGAAGGCCGGCUGCAAGGCUCCCUUUGAAGCGAAUAGCGCGAAUUAAGAAUUAAAUCUCAGGCAGAAAGUUUCCAUACUUUCAACCGCUUGGGUGAAACAGCUUAUCUGAGAUAUAAGUUGGCAAACAAACGUUUUGUAUACAAAGCCAAACUAGAAAACUUUUUUAUUUUGGUAUAACCUGAAUUUAUGUCUUAGUUACCCGGCUAGAAAAGUACUUCUCUUAUUUUCUAAACACUUUUGCUGGUCGAAAUUUCUUGAAUUAAAAUUAGUAUAGCUUUGGUUAUUACUUGUAGUUUAACAUGUCAGAAUUGUUAAAAGUAUUGAAUAAAAUGAAACAACUUUGUAUUAAUAUUUCGGAAAAUAAAAUUCUAAAAAUUAAA